AUGCCAAAGUGGGAAAUUUGCCGUCUUCAGAGCGUUUACUGGCCUCGAAGCGUGGACUUUGAAAAACCAGAAGCUGUGGGACUUGAAGGCGCCCGGAAUUUCUACGUCAAGACUGAUCAAGAUGUGAACAUUGGAGCAUGGCAAAUUUUACCUCGAUCUCUAUUAAACACGUCAAUUUCUUGCACCUCUGAAGCAUUCGAAUCUAUUUUGGCAAGUUCAAAACGUCCGGUUAUUCUGUACAUGCAUGGAAACAGUGGGAACAGAGCCAGCGGACACAGACUGGAGUUGUACAGGCUUUUUCAAAACCUAGACUACCACGUUGUCUGCUUCGACUACCGAAGCUAUGGUGACAGCGACGACGUCGAUCUGUCCGAGACAGGAGUCGUCGCAGACAGCAAGUACAUGCUGGAGUGGUUGAUAAAAAAAGUAAAGAACUCUGCGCCAAUUUACGUGUGGGGUCAUUCGCUAGGAACUGGAGUCGCUUCGCAUGUCCUAGCUCUAAUGGCAUCUGAAGGUGUUCGUAUUGCGGGUCUUUUCCUGGAAGCUCCUUUCAACAAUAUUGCGGAUGAAUUGAGCGAGCACCCGUUUGCACAGCUAUUCAAACACUUGCCGUGGUUUCAUUGGAUGAUUGUUCAACCGUUCUAUGACAACGAAUUGAGAUUCGAAUCCGACAAACACAUUACAAAGAUCGAAUGUCCGAUUAUGAUUCUGCACGCUCAAGAUGACGGUGUCAUACCUUUUUUCCUGGGCGAGAAGGUUGGCAUUUUGGCAAUAUUGCAUUUAGAUUAA